GCUUCCGGGACGGUGCUGCGGGCCCUUCCCACCCCCGCCAGGGGAAGGGGGCAAAAAGUUUUCAGACCUUCAUACUACAUCAGAAGAAAAAAGGAAACCAACAAGAUACCACCCCCGUUUCCUCCCCUUUGCAUGUUACUCAUAACCUUACGGUAGGGUCGUGCACCGGCAACUGGGGCAGCCAUGGAGAAGAGUGGGAACAUUCAGCUGGAGAUUCCUGACUUCAGUAACUCUGUCCUGAGCCACCUGAAUCAGUUACGCAUGCAAGGUCGCCUGUGUGACAUCGUGGUCAACGUGCAGGGGCAAGCUUUCCGCGCUCACAAGGUGGUGCUGGCUGCCAGCUCGCCCUACUUCCGUGACCACAUGUCCUUGAACGAAAUGAGCACCGUUUCCAUUUCUGUCAUCAAGAACCCUUCUGUUUUCGAGCAGCUCCUUUCCUUUUGUUACACCGGUAGGAUAUGUCUGCAGCUGGCUGACAUCAUCAGUUACCUAACGGCCGCCAGUUUCUUGCAGAUGCAGCACAUCAUAGACAAAUGCACGCAGAUUCUUGAGGGAAUUCAUUUCAAAAUUAAUGUGGCAGAGGUGGAAGCAGAAUUGAGCCAGACCAGGACAAAGCAUCAGGAGAGACCACCGGAGUCUCACCGGGUGACGCCAAAUCUAAACCGUUCUCUGAGCCCACGUCACAACACCCCCAAGGGGAGUCGCCUGGGCCAGGUUAGCACGGUGCUGGACAUUCGGGAGCUCAGCCCGCCCGAGGAGUCCACAAGCCCCCAGAUAAUCGAGCAGAGUUCGGAUGUGGAAAGCAGGGAGCCCAUACUACGGAUUAACAGAGCGGGACAGUGGUACGUUGAGACGGGCAUGGGAGACCGCGGGGGACGGAACGACGAUGACGUCCGCGUACUGGGAGGAGUACGCAUUAAAACGGAGAACCUGGAGGAGUGGCUCGGGGCAGAGCAUCAGCCAUCAGGAGAAGAUGGGAGCAGCGCUGAGGAGGUCACUGCUAUGGUGAUCGACACCACGGGCCACGGAUCGAUGGGCCAAGAGGCUUACACGUUAGGAUCCUCCGGGGCCAAAGUGGUCAGGCCAACCAGCAGUGAGAUUGACAGAUUUAGCCCUUCUGGCAGCAUGGUUGCUGUGACUGAGCGGUACAGAUCAAAAAGCGAAUCUCCCGGGCGGAUGGAUGAGCCCAAGCAGCCCAGUUCCCAGGGGGAGGAAUCGGCCAUGCUUGGUGUGAGCGGUUACGUGGAAUAUCUCCGGGAACAGGAGGUUUCAGAGCGCUGGUUCCGGUACAACCCACGGCUCACUUGUAUUUACUGCGCCAAAUCCUUCAACCAGAAAGGCAGCCUGGACCGACACAUGCGUCUCCACAUGGGUAUCACGCCUUUUGUCUGCCGCAUGUGUGGGAAGAAGUACACCCGCAAGGAUCAGCUGGAGUAUCACAUCCGCAAGCACACAGGCAACAAGCCCUUCCAUUGCCACGUCUGUGGCAAAAGCUUCCCUUUCCAGGCUAUCCUCAACCAGCACUUUCGCAAGAACCACCCCGGCUGUAUGCCUCUGGAGGGGCCUCACAGCAUCUCCCCCGAGACCACCGUCACGUCUCGGGGGCAGGCGGAGGAAGAAUCUCCUCCGCAGGAGGAGGCUGUCGCUGUGGGGGAGACGGCACAGGGAUCUGUGUCCACGACUGGGCCAGAUUGAAACACGGCUGCAGAGUCUGGGGAGAAAGGACUGUCUUCCCGUUUUUGGCUCUAAAGAGUCAGCACCAACCUGGCAGGCUGGUACUGUAAUUAGUGCAAUGCCACCACUGGACAGAAAGAAGCUCCCAAGAUGUUGCCAAAAUUGCAAAAUCUUUCUCUCUCUCUCUCUCUUUCUUUCUCUUACACACCCCCACACACACACGUAGAGUGUUAAACGUUUUUCUCCCUUAUUCCUCCUCCUCUUGGAGAAAAACAAAACAACUGUGUCAAUCAACUUCUUAUUCAGGGAUCGACAGGAUUUUAAAUUUUUUUAAUGUUCCGUAGCAAUCUGGGACGAGCAGUCAUUUGUAUUUCUCGACAGCGUUUUGGCCCAGCAGCUGGGUCCCGCCGUGCAGCCCCGGUGAGCCUAGCCUGCGGGGCUGCUCCUCGCCAUAUCUGCUGGUCCAGCUGAAGGGGAGAGCAGGGACAAGGUGCCGUUGCCUUUUUCCCUUCCCCAGGUAGUUGCCACGUUAAAGAAAACAAAAAGACUGUCCUGGUGGAACCUGCCUUGCCCAAGUGUAUUUAUCCCUGUCUUAUUUUUGGUGUGUCUCUUUUUACCUUUUUACUUAAACUAUUACUUUAGGGCUUUUGGCUUGCCCGUUCCAGGCAUGCAGCCUCAACGCCCCUUGUUAAAAGCGGGCAUGGCUAUAAAGCGGUAUUCUAGAGGUCAGCAAAAUCUGAAGCGAAAUUUAGCAGCUGUGAGGUUUGUGUUAGACUCUGAUGCGUUGGGAGAAGGGUUGGAGGGGCCUUUCGGAGGAGGUUGUCCUUUGCUGUUGCUGAUCUGGAGAGUUCAGAGCACUGUGACGUCCUGACCGGUGCGCUGCCGUGCUUCGGGUGUUGCCGAGCAUUAGGAAGAGUUUUUCUAGACUGGCUGAAUUGCGGAGUUAGAGGCUGGCUACCAAAGUCGUCCUUCACCCCUACUCCCCCCUCGACACGCACUUGAUCUUUUAUAACAGCAAUAUGGGAUACUGAAAUACUAUCGUCCCAGCCGAGCAAUCGUGGGUGGUUGCUUUUAAACGUGUUUCUACAAACUAGUUUGAUAACUUUUUUAUCAAUGAAAUGCAAAAAGAAAAGAAAACCCUACUUUAUUUCCUCGUAAUGGUUCAGGAAACUUAAAAGUGAAUGGUUCCUAGAGCAAUCACAACUCUGUCCCCUUGCAUGGACUUAAAACUUUUGUAUUCUAAGCAGCUCUGAUGUUUAGAGCAAGUUUAGCAAACCCGGAGAGACAUGCCUGCGUUGUGUAUUGUAGGUGUUUGCACGUGCUUACGUGUUUCAUAAACGGAGAAGCAUGGGACAGGUAGAUAAGUGCAAAUAUCUUGACAUCUUUUGAAGAAGUCUUUUAAAAAAAAUAUGCAAUACUUUAAGAGUUUUCUCUGGUUCUGAUGCUGAGUUGUUUGCGAUGGAGGGGGAAAACGAACGACAGGUCGCGCAGAUUGGGUUUGGGAGAGGACGUUUGGUUGAAGGAGUUCUCUUGAGGAUGUAUAACGUGUACGAUAAGGAAGGAUGAAGUUCUGAUCCUUAAGGUGAUGGGAGGAACAAGGAGACGCUGAAAAAGGAAUACGCUUCCUCUUGCUUCGGCAAAGAAAGCCAGGCAAGCGGUUAGAGCAUGGGCUUGGCGGGCGGGAGACUGACCAAGUGAAAGUAAAGCUUGGCCCGCAGUCUGACUGCACAAUUUUGGGCACAUGGAAACAUCUCCAAACACCUGCAAACGGGGACUCGGGAUCAUUUUCCUGCCCCUUUAGAGGGAAGAAUUUGGAGAAGGGUGAUGUAUUCUUGCCUCGCUUUAUAUAUUUUUCUCUUUUAUAAGUGAGAGGUCCCACUGUUCCUCCCAUGUCUCUCUCAAAAAAGCAGACGUGGCUCUAAUGGUGGGGUUUUUUGGGGCGGCGGGUGGGAAGGGAACGGCUUGGUGCCAGGAUCACGUGUAACGGGGAUGUGCUCCUAAGAGAGGAACCUUUGCAGGUGUUCUGAGCCGGGCACCUGCAAAGUACAAUUUCAUUGAUCAUUUCAAACAGGAAAACUGAUAUUUCACCUCCGUUUUCCUUCUGUCCCUUCUUCCUCCUCUCCUGUCAAGUGCAUCGUCACACAGUGAAUGAUUUUCUAAGCGGCCGCCCGAGGGACCAGCCCCGUUGGGUUUCCGAUCGCAGGAUCGUACCGACACAGUAAGGUUGCCAGAGAGCAGUCGCAGAAAAUGAGAGAUAAGAGGGUGGCUAAGGUAGGUUUCGUUGCAAUCGAGGUGUGGGGAGGAGUGGAGAUGUGCAGAGUAUGCUGCUUUAGUCAUAGCUUUUGAAGUUACCAAAAAUCAAAAAGAAAAAAAAGUUAAAAACUUUGAAAUCCUAUCCUGUUCACACUAGAGAGCAUCAAAAGUUACUUUUAGUUGCUUAAAAGAUUUUUAAGUGUUUUAAAAUAGAACUUUUAAAAGAAUACUACCAAACUAUAAAAACAUAAAAUUAUUUAUAUACAUAUAUUAUAUAUAAAUAUAGUGGGAAAGUUUCCCUGCUAAGCUUGCUGUGAAGAGAAGGGUGAAGGUGCAGUAACUGCUAUACAAGCAACAUUUUUCUGAAACAGAUGGCAACCGAUCCGUCAAAGCGUAGUGAUGAAGGGCUGACAUAAAAUGGUGAAUGCCUUUAUUCGUCUGGCAUAGCUGUGAGUUUCCCGAGCAGGUUUUUGGUUUACUGUAUCGAUACUGUGAACGGAGGAGCAUCCUAACAGCCCAGGAUGCCACAGCGGUGCGUCCUGUUUUGCUGAUUCACUACUUUCAAUUGGCCUGGUGAAAACCGUGAUAUUGGUCCUUCGUAUCGUACUAGGCUAGUCUGAAAACAAAGCUUGUGAAAGGUUUUUAUUUUUUUCCUCUUUUAUGUUUGGUUUGUUGUUCGGGGUUUUUUUGGGGUUGGUUUUUUUUUGGGUUUUUUUUUUUUUUUGGUGCAGAGGUUGCCACUGUAUAAACGAUCAUUUCUGAUUGCAUGCAAAAGAGCCGAUAUUCUUGCCCGGGCCUCGCUGAGGUGAAGUUUAUAGCUUGUAGCUAGAGUCAGUAUAAGGUAUGGUAGCGGGAAUCAUUUUAAUAUUAUUUCUGUACAUUUAAUGGAUGUGUAUGUGUAUGUAUGUGUGGGAAUCAUGGUGUCUCUAAUGUUUUCUUGAACAGUGCUGAAAGCAGUUUAGGCCCAUCCGCGCUGGAAGAUGGAACCAGUUCAGAAGGAAUCGUUUAUUAAACUUUUCCUUCAGUGGUUGACUUCUUCAGUGCAGAUAAGGCCAAGGUUCGAGAAAAAAGGGGUUGGAGGUCAUAUACGGUAUGGAAAAACCUCAUGUGAAUUUUCCGGCGGUGGUGUAGCUACUCGGAGCUGCUUUCCAUAGCAGAAUGAUACCAUCUUUCGUUGCCUCUCGUGUAAAUCUUUACGGUUGCACCGAAGCUGUGGAGAAUCAGAUGCCAACUUUCCAAGUGCGAAUGCUUCUGUGAUGGGUUGAGGCACGGCUUUACGUUUCCACGUCUAGCUGCAGCUUUUUCCCCUCUGCCAAAACUGAUUUCAACUGUGAUUUAAGGAGGAUGUGAAGAGAACUCUGUCAUGUUUUAAUACCUCUGUACGUAACGUUUCUGUCCGCUUCAGAGUUAGGGCUUACUAACGCGUUUGUUUGCUUGCCUCAGGGCAACAGGGGGAACACGCUCUGUUUCUGCAGUUUUCUUUCUCGGAGGGGGAACACGUUUCUUAGUUCUCUGCUGCGGCAGAGAAACCUUCCAAAUGUGAAGUGUUGCGGUUAUCUCCUUGAGCCUGCAGAAAGCCCCGGUGCCAAGUCACAGCAGAGUGACGUGACGGUUGCCGUGGCCGUUCCCUGCUGCUGCCAGGUUCCCUGUGAAUAGCUGUGAAAAUAACAAGAAUUGUGUUAAUACUGUGCUGCUGCUUUGGGGAAAAGCUAAACUUCUUCCUCUCAGGAGGAUGACCGAUAUGAAGCUGGGAGAGCGGAAAAGCAGAAGGUCUUUUUUGCUCUCUUGCAGUGGGAGUAUGUGAAAGCAAACCGUGCUUCUUAUUUCCAGCAGCCAGAUAGAGAGGGAUGAAUGAGGAGGCUUUGUGAAAUGUGAAUUUAUAACAGGAGGCUGAGGACACGCGUAGAGCCCCUUAAUAAGAUCCAGGGAUAUCAGCCUGGUGGGAGUCAGAGCAGCCGAUGCAGGUGGGCAAUCCCUCGCUUGUCCUCCCAGCGUUGUCCGGCCGUCAGGUUCAGUCCUUUGACUUACCUACAUCUUCUCUACAAUAUUUUCAAGCUGUGAUCUGUAUAAUUUAACUCUCAGAAGUUUGGGUGGCUGAAGGGCAGGAAGAAUAGAAAGCGUUUUGUGUCUCUGCUGCUGUGUUAAAUCCAGCCGAGGACGGUAGCGACUGACUGUUCCCAUCUGACAGCUGUUCAGGGCUGGAAUUGCGUUUGGAACAAGCUGUGGUCUUGCUGAAAAGCGUAGUGGGGCGGGCUUGGUGGGGAGGGCACGGAGUCAGGAUAUCAGCCCUUGGCGAGAUCGAGUUUGAAAUAAACGGACGGCACAGAUCUCCUUGCUUGUCCUGCUCUUGUUUUGUGACAGCUAGGUUACUUUGUUUUCCAGGGCAGGCCGUCCCAUGCCUCUACGCAGUAGUAAUGUCACUUAAAAGCGUGAUACCAAGUCCAGUAAAUAAUUCUGAGCAGCCCAGUCUUCAAGCAGAGUCCUGCUGCUGCCUCUGGGUGAUUCAACCCUAACAAAGCAUUUGCAAGAGCAGAGUUGUAGCUUUUAUUUGCUGCUGACUUCAUCUCUCCUGCAGAACCCAAUGUAUAAAUAGAAGGACAGCUGAAAAGGUGUGGUUUAUUUGGGCGGAAGUAAGUUUGUGAGGUAGACUGAGUCACGCAUCUUUAAAACCAACAAAGAAAUCAGCACUCCUUAAACUUAUUAUUUACAGUUUAUAAAAUUCUCCUCUUCUGUCUGGGACAUGCCCGCCAGUUUAGCCAUACCAGCAUCCAAAUGUUUCUGCAAAUUAGUGACACCAAAUGCUGUUCUUGCUCUCCUGGAAAUAUUUUGGGGAUGGGAGAAGUCAAGGAGCUGUAAUUCAGGAAACUUCUAAUUUUCAUCAAGGUUUGGGCUCCGAGUUUCCCCUGGGAGCUGAGCCUGUAGCCAGGACUGCAGUGGGAAAGUCUGGAGUCUUUCGAUGGAGCUGCCGCCGACGUAGCCUCGUCUGGCAAUAACGAUAUUCUCAGAGAUGAGCAUUACUCGAUGCAUGCACAGAGCUUUGACGUCUUCAGUGGAAGGUCCUAAAGAGGAGCUAAGGAUCAUUGUCAUUCAAAGGGUAUUUUGAUAUAAAAUACAUACAUAUAUAUGUAUGUACAUUUUUUUAUAUAUAUAUAUAUUUGUAACCAAAUAAAAGCUAGAACUAUGCAAACACUACUGGCUGCUGCUUGAAACUAAUGUCUACCAGAACAUUUUGAGUAGAUGUGGAGUAGAUUUAUUGGGUUUUUUUGUUUGUUUUUUAACUAAUAUGCAGCAGGCCAAAGUUUUGCUGCAGUUAGUCUUACCAGAAACUUAGGUUAGUCCUAAUCUGGAACCCACUCAAGUGGGUUAUAAAAUUAUCUGAAGAGUCCUACCAUCUCUAAAAUAUUUCAUCUACCUUGGUGUUAUUGCUGAAAGGCUUUCUUUUGCGAAACAGGAAAACACAGAGGCUGGGACUAGGAGAGGUUGCAUGUGAGGUUUGGGACGAUAGAAGAACAGGAGAAUCAAGGAAGGACUGGGAGCAUUUUCUUUUGGACGUAGGAUUGAGUUGACUUCAAGGAAUCUUCCUACUUGUGAAAAUGUCCGUCGCUGAGACGGAGACAGUGAAGCAUCACCGGGCCAAAUUCUGGUCCUGGUGGAGGUAUUGGAAAUCCUCCCGCUGAAUCUGAUGGUACUGGAGUUUAGUCUGCUGGGAGAAAUUUCAUGUGGUUUCUACCGUUUCUUUAUGUCAGAACCGAUCUUUGCUUUUAGGAUUAACUAAAAUACAUCCAACUGUAAUCUUCAGUGACCUUUGACUUUUUUAUUCCUGGGGACUAUAGAAAAUUCAGGUUUCCUAUAACAUUAUCCUCAUCCCAACUGUGAACAUGUUACUACUGCUUCUUAUAAUUUAUUGUCUUUCUGUUCCUGAAUGUCUGUGUGAUCCAGCUGUUCACCAGCACCACCUUCCAGUGCUUCAUUAGCUUUUAUGCACAGGGAAUUGUUGCAAUGGAUAAGUUGACCACGCUAGUUGGAAGAGUAGAAGCCUUUGGAGAAUGACUUUUGCUUCCUCUAGCUGUCAUUAGGGAGUGCACACACACAUACCUGUAUAUACAUAUAUAUGGAUACAUAUAUAAAGUGUUUCAAUAUAAACUCAUUUAGCAUUAAUCUUAUUUAAUUUAUAUUUUAAUCCAGUUGUAAACCAAAGUAUUACAGCUUGUGAAAUGACGCGUCUCGGAAAUAGGAGGAACCUUUUUAGACGGGAGCUGUGAAAGUUCUUUGCUGACAAAAACGCGGAUACGAAUAAGACUUAAGACCUUGUGCUGGUGAAUCCCAGAGAUUUGCAGCCUUGGAAGGACUGAAGACUUGCUGGGUAAAGUCUGACAGUGGGGAGGCAGUGCGGGUUACCAUUUUAAAACACUGUUGGGUUUUUUUUUUUCCUUAUCCCGUAUAAGUUGGUAUUGGAGGAAUUGCUACAAGAGCAGCACAGCGGGGCGUCUGAUGGAGUUGAGGUGCGUGGUUAAAGCUAAGAGGGCGAUGUCAGAUAGCGCUGUUUGCUUCUGGCGUCUUCUGUUCACAGGUCUGGAUUGAGGUGUGCUGUGUUCAGCUCUGGGCAUCUCAGUACUGCCUUGUCGAACGACCCUGCAGGGAGCUGCUCGGUUGAUGGUUUGAAUUAGCGCUUUAAAAACGUGGCUCGGAAGUGUUGCUGCUGCUGGACUAUUCCAACAGAAUCACUUUGGAGUCUCUGCCACCCUGCUGGUCACAAAACCUGGGGCUUCUGCCCUGCCUCUUGGAUUGGGACGCUUUGAGGAAGCACAAGGACUCGCCUACUAGAAUGCCUUGAGGAAAUUUCCCUGCAAGGGACAAUGAGGCAGGAAUUUAGGCGCGGAUUUGCUGUAUAUGCUGUAACAUGGAUCUAAAGUGAUUCCACAUGGUCUUCUGCCUGACCCCUUCCUUGUAAACGCAGGGUUUGGAUGAAUUUUUGUAAACAGGCGUCUGAAAGACGGGACGGGGUGUCUCAGUGCUGGCACUGGUUCUGCCGGCGUCCCUUUUGGCUUGCUGUUUCUUGCUGUGGUAUCUAAUAAGGGUUGGAGCUGAGAGGUGUUAGUUGAGAUGGAGUACAGCUGCCACCGGACCGGGUGCUCCUGGGCUUUGGCUCAUCUGUGCUGUCAGAGCGAUGAAAGCAGCCCUGGAGGGGGGAUUCAGGGCCUUCUGGAGGCUUGGAAAUGGCAAUGGUUUUCAUGGUACUUAACAGUUUUGUAGGGAAACAAGUAUGUUCUGGCAAGGCUAGAAAUAAAAGAGAAGACAGCAAAUCAGACUGUAGUCUGGCACAACUGGGAGCUGGGAGAGGAAGCCAUGAGAACAGCCACUAAUGUAUUUAGUGUCUAAUUUACAGUUUUAGAGAAUCAGUCUUUGCUGGUUGGGUUGGUUUUUUAGUAUCUUUUGUGGAGGUGCAUGUUCUGCUGUCUAGGAAGAAGAAAUGAGUUCAAAGAUAAAAUCUUGCUGAUUCUUCUGUGCCGGGGAGUAAUUGCCUUUCCAAGGAAUUAGCAAGCGCUAUGAACAAAUUCACCUCUAACAAUCUCCCGCAGACUUGGCAGCGGCUGUGCUUCCUCUUGCUCUUCUGUUCAGCCCACACGCUAGAGCCUCUUUUUAUAGAGGCUUUCCCUGCGUCCCUUACGUUGAGCAGGGUGAUGGUCCACCUACCCUUGUUAAUCGAGGAAGUUCAUUUAAUACUCCUCAGCAGGAUUAGCGCAUACUCGCAGCUCGUGGUAUAUCAAGCACUCUGCCAGCCGUACGCAGUACAAUUUUUAGCUACUAGCUCUGGCAAAUAUAAAAAGACUGUAAGGUAAUCUAUUUGUAUUAUUGAGUACAGACCCCUUCUGUGCCGUGUGCUGUACCAGCGCGUAGGAACAUCAUCUGUCACAUCAAAUUCCUUUUGGCUGAGGCGUCCCGUAAGCGACCUCAGUGCGAAGGUGCUUCUCAGGGCAGCUGUCGGGAGAAACUGGUCUGAUAGCAGCAGCAGAUCCUGUCUGGCUGCUGUGUCACAUAGUGGUCGCUCUGAUAAAGCAGGCAAAAGAAAAAGGGAAAGCAGGUCAGGAGAAGAGAGGUCCCUCAGACCAAGCACUGGCUGCUAAUUGGGCAGAAGAGUUAUUUGAUUGAGAUGGUGAUCUGUGUGUGGAAUUUCCGUCUUUUUUUUUUUUUUUGUUCAAAUAACUUUUAACAACAUAUAUUUUGUUUUGUUUUGUUUUUUACAAAGAGGUAGUCCUUUCCACUGAAAGCUUCCCAAGUCGAUUAUUAAGUAGCACUGGCAUCAGUAAGCUGCAUCCAGUGACUCCUCGGUGUUCGGUGGGUUGGUGACAACAUGUAAGCCGGAGGCCUUGGGCGAGGGGGUUGUGAAUGCAUGCUGCUGGCUGUCUUUCCCUAUAACCAAUUUUUAAGGCUUUGGGACACGGACCAAAAAUGCUUCUUUGUGUUUUACAGCUUUAGUUCUUUUCAUAGAAAUGCUGACAAAUCUUAGCUCCCUCCCCAAUUAUUUUUAUGUUCUGUUUAGUUAAAUUCUCAUCUGGCAUCAGUCCGUGAUCUAAGAACAAUUUCUACAACAGCCACGGAUAGGACUUUGUAGGAGAUGACAGGAGGCUUAAAACCUGUGGCUGUCGGAGUUGAUGUUUGCAACGUGGGGUUUUUUUACUGCCGUAGAAGUGGGGUUAGCAGGAGGGUCGAGGAAGGGUCGAGCCGGUCUCUGUCGCAGCAUGGAUCGAGUCUCUGGGCAUCGGUGCCUGCUUGCUGAGGUCUUCGAGGUUAGAGGCGCAGAUGGGAUUUUUCUUCCGAGAUUUUCCUCUUGGCUUCCUGUUGCGCGAGUGCUUCAGCUCCCCGCGUCGGUAGUGAGCAACAGACUCUGCUUCCUUCAGCAUCAGGACAUGGUCAGCAUUGAGGCCACGUGGUGGGAGCCGGGGGGGGGCGAAUUUAGGAAGGGAAUUGUGCACCAAAAAGUUGAACUUGUCAAAGGCUUUUGAGAAUGAGGGGUUAAACCUGCUUUUGUCAGGGUGACCGAGUAGGCCUGGGGGUUUGGGCUGUUAACGUGUAUUCAGAUUCUUGUUUUUGCAGGGUGAGAUGGGCCAUUUCAGAAAUCUGGGCAAGGAAAAGUGGUAGCGUUUGAACCUCGUGUUCUCAUUCCAGGUUUCCACGGAGAACUGCACCAGGUACGUGGAUGCCAUCGAUGGGGCGAGGGGGAAGUUGUGCAGCAUCGUGCUACGUGGCUGGGAGCGUGUGUCCGUGUUACGUCAGGGGGGUGCCGGGUGCCCUGUGCCAGAGACGACCCAGGUAAAUGGGCACCUUUUGAAACCAAUCGGAUGGUGCGGUGUUCCCCAAAAGUGGUCUUAGCUUCGCCCAUCAAGCCUGCAGGGUGAUGUACCCUGCUAUCAGCACAAUUAUCCGUUUAGCAUGCCACGUACAUUUGUCUUUAUAUAUUGACUGACAAGCUCAGAGUUUUCUGAUGAGCUGGUGAUUAGUGUACGAGGGUGUUUCCUCGCAGAAAGCGGCACAGGAAGGGAGGGAGAGCGAGGUGGGAUUUGUGCCCCAGCUGGAGCUCAGGCCUUCUAGCCCUGGGCACGGAGAGCUCAGGUCCUGUUGCCUGUCAUGCAGGGAAGGGGCUCAGGUGGGUGGUUUUUCUUCUCUGCUAGAGGGAAGCUAUCAUGUCUGCUAGAAAAAAACCCUGCAUUCUUGUUAGGAAACCAGUUAUAGGACUGCUUAUAUGCCAGCAGCAGAAUAAUGAACAGAAUAAUUCUUUUCAUUAACAAAAAAAAAAGUGUUAAUUCUAAUCUGGUGACAGUGACUUGCUUAGAUUUAGAUCACACCUCUUACAAAGCCAGUUUUAUUUCCCCACUUUAGAAGUGGUGGCAAAUCUCCCUCCAGCCGCAGGCUCGUUGCAGUCUGUAAAUGGGAAGAGGCCCUUUCCCCGUCUGCUGCCAAGCACUGUAAAAAGAUUCAGCCCACAAAGCAAUUGAAAACAGCAGCACUUCCACCCUGCAGAUAGUUUGCCUACGUUAGCCAAAAUUUCUUUAGAUAGCCAGGGCCCCGCCAUCUGGCUCUUCCUAGCCUGAGCCAGUUGUUGUAGCGAGGAGAGCAUCUGCAAAGCACGAGCAGAAACGGCGAGGAAAGGAGGUUGGCAUAGCGGGGAGGAGGGAGACACCCAAAAUAAGAAGGCGGCUCCUCUGUUUUCAGCGCUGGCUGGGGCUGUUGGCACUGGAAACCAACAGGAGGUGUUGGGGAGAAUAGGUGAAACAACAGCAAAGCGUCAUCGGGAUGAGGCGUGCGUGUGUGUCUAGCACGUUGUGGAUGCUGCGGGCAGGGAAAUGCUGGUUGUAGAACCUGCGUGUGUUCAGCAGCGUGCAGGAAACCCUGCUGUCUUGGGAGAUGGGCGUGCAGAGAUGCCUGUACCCUGUCCUAAAAUGUUAGAGCUGAGCAUCGCCAGUGUUCUCCGCCCUGGAGCUGUGAAUGGUAACGAAGGAAGAUGAGUCAGGCCCUAGCGGAGGCAAAUUUGUGUGCAGAUUUCAGAGAUUCCCUUUGAAGGAACUGGAGGGCAGCAAGUAAAGGCUGGACAGGGGCAGUACCAGAUGUCAAAGUGCCAUUUUCUGGAUGUUGGGUUUUCUGGCAUGUGUUUAAGCUGUUGAAGACUGAAGUUUGCUUUCCUUUCAGUACUCUCUCCUUCACCUAUUUCAUUUCUUCUAUUUAAACUCAGCAGCCAAGGGGAGGGUGCAGAGAAGACGGAGCCAAACUCUUCUCCGAGGUGCACAGUGGAAGGAGGAGCAGCGGUAGGCAGAAGUUUACACAAGGGAGAUUCAGGUUAGGUUUUUUCACCGUGAGUACAGCCAAGCGGUAUUGGAACAGCUUGUCCAGAGAGGCUGUGAGAUCUCCAUCCUAGGAGAUACUCCAAACUCGACGGGGCAAGACCCCUGGAGUAUAAAAUAUUGCCCCACUGCAUGCUGCGCUGCGUAAUACAGAACAAGGUCUGGGGAGGUUUAUCCUACCAGUGCAUUUCCAGGUAGGACAGUUUUAUUUUUUGUUUCAUUUGUCAGUGAUUGAUCCAUGAAAUAGCAUCUUGCCUGCCACGGUCUGUGGAGAGGUCCAGCUGCUCCCCAAGUGCGAGUGCAGCCUCCAGGUUCCUGUUUCCAUUAGACUACGCCAAGCUGUAUUUUUGUUACUUUUUUUUUUUUAGUAUUAUAUAAAACCAGGCAGCUUUAAUGGGCUUCCUAGUUCAUAUCAGUUAAGCUUUUGAAACAUAUUCAGGUAUCUUUUAAAUACUGCUGUGUAAGUUCCUUGUUUAAUCUGACAUAUUCUGAUUUAUUCUUUUACUGCAGUUAUCUAAGGCAGUACUUUAAAAAAACCCCCACACAACAGUGCAUUAAUGAUUUUGCAGACUGUCAGCUAUGUUAAGCCUCCAGCUUUACUUAGUGUUUGUAAAUGUACUUACCCCUUCCCCCUCAGAUCUACGGUUAAAUGUCUUCAUUAUUUUUAUAUUGCAGUGAAGCUUAUUUAUUUAAACCUUCCCCUUUACGGUCAGACCCAAUACCAUUGGCUAUGAAACUGUGAAACUAAUUAGAAAUGAAAAAUGAAGCUAGAUUGGUUAGUUUUACUACUGGUUGUAAAAUACAGAAAGUAGCAGCAUAAAAGAAGAAAAGUAGAAUUGGAAUUACUCGGUCUGGGGCAGGGGAAGGAAUGGCAAAGCUAUGGCUGAGAAACUUCUUGGAAAUGAGUUAUAACCUGAUGAUGUUACUUCACCAGUUCCCCAUUUGCCAAGUUGAAAAGCUGCGUCUCGAGACCGAGAGGUGCGUCCGGGGUCCCUUCAUUCACCUACGUGUCUAGGGCAUUGGUUCGACAGGGGAGUUUGUGCUCCCGUGAUGCUAUUUUCUCAGAGUUUAUGUGCUGAAGUAAACUCAAUGGAUUACUGUGAAGCUUUUAUUUAAUAUUCCAUUGCAUGUAAAUUGGUAGAAUUAACACAGGUGAGGAGGAGGAAGGUGCCGUUUUGUCGCGGAGGGUGGCAGCUGCAGGUUACACUAACAAAAGGCGGACAGUGCAAUUCUCCCCAGAGCAGCUUUGAUUUUGGCAAGGAGCGAAGCCUCGUCACCCCUGCGACUGUCCCUUACCCACGGGUGCUUUCAGUCGGCCAGAACCAACAUGAAUUAGUCCUGAGUUUGCUCCGUAAAAACACAGGGAUGGGGUUUUGUUCGCGCAGGCUGUUGUGGGUGCGUGCGGUUACAGGCUGAGGGCAAACUGGAUCUCCGAGGGAGAUCCAGGGAAUGGUUCCGUAGGUGCGCAGGGACUUUUCUCAAGCGUUAGAAGGUUUCCAAAGCCAGGGUUAUGCUGUUGGGGAAAGCAACCGCCCAGCUGGAGUGCGAGUGCAUUUGGGACGGAGAGCAGAAUUUUGUCAUGCCCUUUGCUUAAGACUAAUUCCUUUUGGCUCCCCUAAAGCGCUUGCCUGGGCAGGGCUGCGCUGUCACGGGGCAAAGCAACUGUGAGAAAUAUUUUGAAGUGAAGGGAGAGCGUUGUCAUACAAAUAACGUACGUUUCUUUUGUGUUUGCGUAUGUAAAAUUGCUGACAGUUAGGACAGGCCAAGGGGUGCAAGAGUAAUCCUUCUUGGUGGCAAACCAGGGACUUUUCUGAAUAAGCUCUUUUAAAAGCUGAGUUAGGAAGAGAAUAAUAUGCAGCCGUACGUUCUUGCGGUAAACGUAGUCCUACACUUAGAGGGAGGGUUAGCGCAGGGAAAGAGAAGACAGAAUCAGAGAAGUGAAAGCAAGCUUGCGGAAAUGAAAGCAAGCUGUUCAAAGUACUGCUUUUGUCCGAAAAGGGAAGGGAACAAAGGUGGUUUUCCCCUAAGCCUCUGGUAUCUCGUACACUAGCUGAAGUUCUGGGGAGCUAUGCCCCGUUUGUCUCCGAAGCUGCCCUCUGCCCCUUCCUUUCCCCGGCGUCACCCCACCUUUCCUGGACAACACUGUGAAUGUGACGCCGGUGGCUCUUUUUAACAUUUCCAUUCAAACUGCUCAGAGCACGAAAUGCUGUCACGUGGUGACGCCGUAGCAGACGAGCUGUGACCGAAGGCCCUGUUCAGCGGAACGGUAACCCCCAAACAGGGACAUUGAUGAUCGAGCGCUUCCUUGCGGAGCAGCGGAAGAGUAUUGUAACAGGAGCGAACAAUGUAAGUGGCUUCUUAUAGCGAUUUGCUAAUCAAAUUUGAUUUCGUAAUGAAGUAAAACUGACAAUCAAUUUCUAAAAUAGAAAAGCCUCUUAGAGGGAAUAGUCAAGCAUGUCUUCAACAGAAAGAUUUAACUGGGAUAACUUUUAAUAAAGAGCACAGGAUUUUUUUUUUCUUUUUUUUCCUCUUUUUUUUUUUUUUUGAGCAAUCACUCCAGAAAUUGAGUUGCGUUAAGCAGCAGAAGAUUCACAGGACAGUAACUACCUCUCUCUCUCAGAGUGCUGAGGUUACCACGCUACACACUCUAUCAGCAAAGCUUUCACUUCAAACAGAUUUGUUUUCCUUACCUCUGUGUUUCAGAAAUGCAGGUCUGCUCUGUAAAGUGACUCUAUGAAAAUGGCAUCUGGCAGGAGUAGGGGGGAAGCCUUUCGGGGUCCGUCGUCCCUCUUUGCCGCCACUUUCUCGCUGUGACCCGUGCAGGUUCGUUCUGGGGCCGCGACCGUUCGGGGUGGAUUCGUUACUUCGUGUAUUCUGCGGAACAGCAAACCGUCCCGCGGGCCAAAGGCUGGUGUCGGAGCUGCGGGCUCAGCUUCCUGCGCUGGGAAAUUAGUUACUGAUGCGGAAGGUAAGAGGAGAAUCCAUCUCCCUCCUGCCUCCAAGGGAGCAGGCAGCAGUAAAAAAAAAAAAAAAAAAAAAGCAAUAAAAUAAAAAACAAAACACUUUUAUAUGUUGGUCAUUAGUCAGCAGAUCUGACUCUGCAAAUUUAUAUAUAUAUAUAUAUAUAUAUACACACACACAGAGCAGAUCUCUCAUAUUAAAAGGUGCCAUUUUUUUUUCUAAACAGAGUCCCUUUCCAAACUAGAACAGCACUUUAAAUAGGUUCCUCUUUAAAAAGAAAAAAAAAAAAAAAAAAAAUAAAAAAAAAGAAAAACCCUUUACUGAAGAAAUGCACUUUAAAUCAUAAGACAAGUACGGCUGUCGCUGGCUUUUGACACAGCUGUACAGGUAGGCGGCUUCUUGUCAGCCAGAGCCCCGGAGGGAGCGACGUUGCCAGACCCUUGGCUGCCAAAAAACUACCGCAGCUCUACCUCCCGCUCCCGCAGCCCUCCCGGCCUGGCGCUGCCCCUGCCCACGCUAUGGACAGGAGUUCCCACCGCAACCGCACACCUGGUUGCGGCUCAGCCGUGCUGUAGCACUAACAGGGCUGGCACGCGUCGGCCUGUUAGAAUACUUUUGUAAUCGGUCAAAAAACCCACCCAAAAAACCCUUGCCUGUAAAGAAUAUUUAAACCCCGUUUACAAUAGGUCAGAAGUUACACCCAGUUACAACACAGCAGAUGGCCCAUCUGUGUGCACAGGGCCAGGCUAAGUCGAACGAGCAAAGCCACGACAAAGUUGUUGCUGGGGUUGUGGGUUUUUUUCCAUAACAUGGAUGUGGAGCCCUAGUCAGUUCAGUAUUUUUAAUUUUUUUUUUUUAAAUCCAAGUUUGUCUGUCCCACAUUGAUUCUGCUCUGAGCUGGUUUGCAGAGUAACCAUUUGUAAGAAAAAUUGUGCUGUCACCUUCAACUGUUGAACUAUAAAUCAAACUUUUUAGGACAGGUGUCCUAACACUCAAGACUUACUUUCACAGUUAAGAAAUUUCCUGCUGUACUAAUUAUUACUUUUUUUUUUAAUUAUUAUUUUAAUUUUGGUUGCAAUCCUUAUAUUUCAAGGAAAAAAUAAAAGUCAGUGUUCACACUAGUCUGCAGUAGGUUGAAGUGCGAGCCUGCUGUGUGUAACUUGUGGAUAUCAGACUGUUUUAAACGAUUUUACAAGCUGUUCCCAAGCUGGUUCUCUGCCGUGGCUUUCCUCUUCCUCCUCCAGCAGGAGCUGGCAGACAGAAGCUCCGUGGAGAAGCCACCAGCUCUGUGGCCGAUGGCAUGCGGGGACGGCCGGCGCUGCUGGAGGGGGGCAGGCAAGGGCGGUGAGAGAACCAGCGUUGGGGAAGGGGGAAAUAAAACCAAGGUAGAGGGGACUGUACAAUUGCAUUGAAAGCAGUUUAGUAAAAAAGCGCUCUCGUUGGACAGCUUUAAGAACAAUGUGAAUGAAAACUUAGCAACUUGGGUAGGAAUCUUUGAAAAUUCUAUAAAUGUAUACUUGAAAUUCUGUUUGUAUUAAAAAAAAACCCAACAAAUCGCAUUUUCUUCUUUCUUUUAACACUGUGUAAAAGAACAUUAUGCAUGUGAGUGGUUUGAGAAUUAAAUGGUUUAAUACUCAGA